ACACAAACAGUAUUAUAAGUACAUCAAAUAAGAAAUCAAGCAAAGAGAAUCCCGAUAAAUAUAGAAAUAGCUCAAAACACUUUCAGACUCCGAUCCUACCAAUAUACAGUGUAGCUUCAAAUCUUACUUUUCUUGGCGGGGAUCGAUUAAUUGAGGUUAACUAUCUCAUAUUCCUGCUCACCAUGGCAAUAAGUUCGAUUACCAUUUUUGGGGUGCUAGGCAACAUUAUGUCAGGAUUACUCUACCUUUCUCCUACAAACGUGUUUGUGAGAAUCGCAAAGCGUAGAUCAACAGAGGAAUUUGAGAGUAUUCCUUAUAUUAGCAAACUGUUGAAUGCUUACUUCUGGGUUUACUAUGGAUUUAUUAAGCCUAACAGCGUGGUCGUCGCCACUGUCAAUGUUUUCGGUGCUGCUGUCGAGAUUGUUUUCCUUACCAUAUUUCUACUUUUUGCACCACCAAGAAUGAAGGUUAGGACUGCGAUACUAGUUAUAGUUCUGGAUGUGGCAUUUCCCGGAGCAACAAUUUUACUUACUCACUUUCUGCUAGACGGAGAUAAAAGGAUCGAUGUUGCUGGACUCUGGUGUGUAAUCUUCAGCAUGAUUGCAUAUGCUUCCCCUCUUUCUGCUAUGAAAACUGUGGUGGCGUUAAAGAGUGUGGAGUACAUGCCUUUCCUUCUCUCUUUCAUCUUUUUUCUUAAUGGAGGAGUUUGGACAGUGUAUGCCAUUCUUGCGAAAGACUUGUUUGUUGGAAUUCCAAAUGGAAGUGGAUUUUUACUUGGAACUGCUCAGCUGAUUCUCUAUUUCAUAUACUGGAAACCGAAGUCAUCAAGGCAAGCAUCUGACGGUUUAGAGGAUCAACAGAUCAUAAGCGAAGCACUCAUUUCUAAUCCUUCACAGGGUAAAACUGAGCACUAGGGUUUAGUACUUUGACACGAUCGAAGAAAACUUGAAUGUACGUACGUGCGUGUAUGACUUUGUCGGCAGUAUUUCCAAUAUAAUCUAUAAUAUAUGUUUUGCUUUA